UAGUGCCGACUGAGGUUGUGUAUUCCUCUGACAAGAAGCUAUGGGAUUAGCAAAAUAGUCCAGAGAUGCGGGUAUCUCCUUGGUCACCUCUGAAAACAUUCUUCGGUGAUCCCCUCCACUACUUUCAUAGUGGUAUUGUUCCGUACGACCUCUGAUAGUUCUCACGCUGUCUUAUUGAAGAAUGUUAAUAUUCGUGGCUUUUGAGCAGAGCUGGGAAACUAACUUGCCUCAGCUAGCUCGCUAGCGCGUUAGAAAGCUCGACGACAUAAUAGGCUGCUGUGCUUUUGGGAACGCGGUGUGCUUGCUGUGUCAGAUCAACCGAGCUCUUCCCCAGGGUAAUAUCUGUGAUGUGGUUUUCAGGUAGUAUCAUCAGUCUGCUUUUUCUUUCACGAUUGUCUUUCGGUGUAAUCAUCUGCCUUGGCCGUGAGAUGAAGUGGCACCAGCUGACUUGCUAGCUAGCGAGCUAAGUACUCAGCCAGUCCCCAGUGUCUUCACUGCGUUAGCAGAGCACUGCUCUCAUUGCGCUGGCUAAAAAUACCACUUCAGCUCCCAUGCUAGGUGCACCUCCAAAAGUGGUGGGCUAGUCCGGCUUUUUCUGGUUACAUUGCUCGCAGUUUGGCACUCUACAUGGUCACUACAGUGAGUUUGAGGCGACUGGAAGAGCGAGUCGGACCCCGCGGUUGUGAGCCGAGCUGGGCUGAUCUCACGUUAAGUCGUACCGGCUGCUGGGCUUCAGGUCUCAAGAGGAACGAUACUUGGCUGAUCGGUGGCCGAAUAUCAUUUCACCCUAAUGGGCUUGUUCUUUCAUCAGUCGUAAUAUAACAAGCCUUGGUGUGGUCCAAGGUUUGAAGACCGAAACUUUAUAAGAAGAAAUCUUCUGUGUUUCUGGUGUCUGAGACUUCCGAGGUAGACUUGAUCUGUCCAGAGCAGAACACCAUGUCGGAGGAUAACAACGCAGACAAGUUCAUCAAGGAGUCAUCCAUUCUGGACGAGUACAACAUAAACUGGACACAGAAGUUGGGAGCUGGCAUCAGUGGACCUGUCAGAGUUUGUGUAAAGAAGUCAACUCAGGAACGCCUGGCCCUGAAGAUCCUCAUUGAUCGGCCCAAGGCCAGAAAUGAGGUACGGCUCCAUAUGAUGUGUGCCAACCACCCAAACAUAGUGCAAAUUCUGGAGGUUUACGCAAAUAGUGUCCAAUUCCCGCAUGAGUCCAGCCCGAGAGCGAGGCUCCUGAUCGUUAUGGAGAUGAUGGAGGGCGGUGAGCUGUUCCACAGAAUCAGUCAGCACAGGCACUUUACCGAAAAGAUGGCCAGCCAGGUCACCAAACAGAUCAGUCAAGCGUUGGAACAUUGUCACUCCCUAAAUAUUGCACAUCGUGACCUGAAGCCAGAGAACCUGCUCUUUAAGGACAACUCUCUGGAUGCACCUGUGAAGUUGUGUGACUUUGGCUUUGCCAAAAUUGAUCAAGGAGACUUGAUGACCCCUCAGUUCACUCCUUACUACGUAGCACCUCAGGUACUUGAGGCUCAAAGAAGACACCAGAAGGAAAAGUCUGGAAUUAUACCUACCUCACCCACUCCUUACACCUAUAACAAGAGCUGUGACUUGUGGUCUCUCGGUGUGAUUAUCUAUGUAAUGCUGUGUGGCUAUCCUCCGUUCUACUCCAAGCACCACAGUCGCACCAUCCCAAAGGACAUGAGGAAGAAAAUUAUGACGGGAAGUUUUGACUUUCCUGAAGAUGAGUGGAGCCAGAUCUCUGAGAUGGCCAAGGACAUUGUACGCAAGCUGCUGAAGGUGAAGCCAGAGGAGCGGCUGACUAUUGAGGGAGUCUUGGCUCAUCCGUGGCUCAACUGCACUGAAGCCCUCGACAAUGUGCUGCCGUCUGCGCAGAUGAUGAUGGACAAGGCGGUGGUCGCAGGCAUCCAGCAGGCCCACGCAGAGCAGCUGGCCAACAUGAGAAUUCAGGAUCUGAAUGUGAGCCUGAAGCCACUAAACUCUGUCAACAACCCAAUCCUCAGGAAGCGGAAGCUACUGGGCCCCAAGCCCAGCGACAGUUUCUUCAUUCAUGACCCGGAGAACGGAGGGGAGGACUCCAACGUAGCGCUGGAAAAAUUACGAGACGUCAUUGCACAGUGUAUACUCCCACAAGCUGGAGAGAACGAGGACGAGAAGCUGAAUGAGGUGAUGUAUGAAGCCUGGAGGUUCAACAGAGACUGUAAGCUGCUGAGAGACGGACUGCAGGGGCUCAGCUGGGACGGACGAGCCUUCUCCGAUAAAGUCGACCGCUUGAAGUUGGCUGAAAUAGUGAAACAGGCCAUUGAAGAGAAGACGAAUCUCCAAGAAUCUCAUUAGCAAACGCUGUCUUUCUAUCUUCUUUUUAUAUUGUUUAUUAUGACCCUUUUUAACCCAUAUCUGUAAAGAGGCUUUUUUAUGUAAAAUGAAGCGCUAAAUUUCUUUUGUUAUUUCAUAAAUUCACUUGCAAGACCUAUUGUUGACCUAUUGCAAGAGCUAUUGUACAGCUGUAGAUAUAUUUCAAAGAGGACUCAUUGGUACUAUAAUUUUUUUUAAAUGGACACUUGCAAAGGACACGGAAAAAAAAAAAACUAUAUUUUCAUUUUUGCAACAAAAAAAAAAGAUAAAAGAAGAGAAAAAUCUGUGAAAGAAAUUAUUUUCUGGGAGGGAAUUUUUAUUAGCUGCUUGUCCAGCUUAUCCAAGAUGUCAUGUGUUUUAUCCCAGUAAUUUCAUUUUAUUCUAUUUUAUUUUAACCAUCCUAAGAAUUUUUAUUUACUGAAAGAGAGAGUUCCAUUAUUUUAUACCUUACUCGUAGCUUGAUAGUGGGCUCUAAAGUCGAGAGAACCUGUCUGCAAUGUGACUUUGUUCUUCCACACAUUCUCUGAAUCUACAGAUGGAUCUUUGUAGUUUUUUUUGUGCAACUUUUCCUUUGUUGCAUGGAAGUCAAGGAGGAAUGAACAAGAAGGCAAAGAAAGUCUCAUAAAAUAAAAUGCAGACCGAAAUUUCUCAUUUUGAUGCAACCCAUUUCUUAAAGCUGGUAAAUGACACUCUAAAAAUAUCUAAGUAGACUGAACAGGCUUUUCUUUCUGACUUACUUGGAUGUUUCGGAAAACGUCUUAUUUUUUUGAGCUUUUGCCGUACAGUCUUCUUUAAAAGAAGUUGUAGUUGCAGUGAAAAGCUCUGUUUUAGACUUUUUGGGUUUUUUUUUUUUUUUUUUUGGUCAGAUGCUCCAGAGUCAAGAAUGAACUUUGACACGCGACCUAAUCCACGUGCAUAUCACAAACUCCGGCUUCAACUCAUAAAGUGACGAUUUGGUCUGUCAGCUUCCCAAGUUUCAGUCAGGCAAGUAAAAUGAACCAUUUCAGAUCAUUUCAUCGGCUGUUGUUGUUUUUGUUUUUUUUCUUCCCGUUUCUGCUGUGAGUUUGAGAGGUCUUAAGUCCAGUCUUUUUUUUUUUUAAGUUGUUGAUCUGUGAAACUGACACAUUCUGAGUUGCUUCGAUGUAAAGUGUUAAACUGCUGGAAUUCAGACCUGCAUAGUUAAUAUUUUAUAUUUUCUCAGAACAAGAAUGUUCAAGCAGAAACACACACAAAGUGGCAUUUUUGGUGCAACGCCCUUCUGACAGAAAAGAUCAGUAGGAAGGUCUGUUUGGAUUUCAAACUCAUAACUUGAUGUUCUACUGAAAGUGCAAUAGGACUAUGAUGUAAUCCUGUUUUCAUAAUGAAUGCAUGUACAUAGUAGUGAGAUCAUCCAAUCUGUCAGUAUUACUGUCUGACACGGACCUUUCCUGCUUCAUUUCACUGGUCUGAAUACCAGCUUGUGCUCCCUCCCUACACUCACCCUUUAGUUGUAAUUGCUGUCAUAUCAGAGUGAAAUCUUCACUACACAAUUUUACUCUACUGCUUCAGUCAUAUCUGAUGUUAUUUGUUCAAAGAGGGGUUGAAAGAAGGGAUUCGUGUUCGAAUGAGGCCAUGUUGGAGCUACACUUGGACCGUCGCAGCACUUUGAUGGCUAAAAACGCAUGUUGUCUUGUUUAGUUCGGGUUAUUUCUCAUAUUCUGUUUGCUUCAGAAAUUCUCAAGUCUGUUGUGAAUUCUCCUUUGAUGAAGUCUUUGUACAGAAUUAUUUCUGUAAACACGCAUUCAUGUAAAGAUGACUGCAUUAACUAUGAGUUUCAAGAAAAUCGCAAACAUCGGUGCAAUAUGUCAUCGCUGUCCAAGUCAAAUGUGUCUCGUUUUGCUAUCCUCAGAUAAACCGAAGGAUUAAACGUUCACCUUUUAUUUCUUGGCUACACAAACAAUUUAAAAGCAUUUUGUAUUAUCUGAACAUUUGUCUCCUGGCUAAACGCAGGGCUGUUUUCGUGGCUCGUGAAAAGACAUUUCGGAGACGGUAACAAAAUGUAAGCUUUUUUUUUUUUUACACCAUUUGAAGAAAAAGUGCAAGUCUUCCUUUGUAUGUCUAUUUCUAAUUUAGGUUUGGCUUAAAAACAAAAACAAAAAAAGCUGACAUGAUUCUGGGAUUCUGUUAAUUAGUCUCCCUUAAAAGCUCAAUGAUGUGUUUGAAAAGGCCUUAUUACUACAUGGCUAAGUUUUACGCUCUAAUGUGCCUUGUUGAAAGGGCGGCAUCUUCAUCCGUUACUGCUCUCAUCAGAUGAAAUAAAACAAAGGAGAAACUCUUUAAAAGUAGACUGAUAUUUGUCCUUUUGCCUGUGAUUUGCUUGUUUUCCUAUGAAGAUACAAAGUUUUUUUCAUUCCAUAUUGCUGCGUAUUGACUUGGAAAUGUUUGCUGAAAUUAAUUUAGUAUCAUAUCUGGAAGGGAAAAAAACUAAUGUUUUCCUUAAAGUAUAUGUUACUUUUAAAGUGUUUAAUUUCACAACUGGGAAAUUGAAGGAAUAGUUCAGCAUUUUGGUAAGUUAUUGUUUUCCCGCCUCCAGUUUGUCCAAUAAAAUAUUAAACUAAUUAUUUACCAUGAUAUAUCUCAUGUUUCUAAACUUUGUAAAAUCAGAAUGUUAAAUUCUAAUUUUGCCUUUGUGCAAAUGGAUUAAUGUUACAAAUUGUGCCAUUAAUUGGCACAAAAUCACAAAACAAACAUUUAAAUUGAAAUAAAAGUUAUUAGGUAAGCUAACAACUGCUGCUGCCUUAUACCUUGUACGUAUCGGACAAAAAUCUGAAUUUCAGUGUACUCCAUGGUACUCAUUUUUGCAGAAUUAACUGAACUUCUUGCUAGAAAAUGGAACCAAAUGUUGCUGGUUUGUUUAACUUUGACCAUGUUUGUGUGGAUGUGUGACAGUUUGUAAUUAAUUUAUAUACAUAGAAAUAUAUAUAUAUGCUUGUGUGGUUCAGUAUGCAGCACCUUCUUUGUAUUUCUGGAGGUUUAUCAGAGAAUCAGAGCUUCUUUAAUCUCUUCCCCUCUCACCCACAAAUGACAUAAUUUAUAUCUUCUGCUGAUUAUUGUUGAAGGGCAGUGUAUUUAUUAGCAUUUUUGUACUGUAAAGUCAAAGCAUGCAUCUUUAUACGGAUAGUCCGAACAGUGAACAUCCUAAUAGCAGACACCGUUUGCCUGCUGUUUGCUGCUCAGCCUGGCUCAGUGUUACUGAAACUACCAGAGGAAGGAUGUUUUUUUUCCUUUUCUUGAAGAAGCAGCCUCCCUCCUCUGCAUCCUUUAACUGAGUAGUUGCUGCUGCAGGUUUCUCUCAGAUUGACAUUCAGGCAAACCCAACUUUAGACACGUUUGACAAAUACUAAAUGGCUUCCAUUAGUCACUUUCUCUUACUUGGCUGCAAAAUUUCACAUUUUCUACAAGGGAAGAGGCCAGAUUUCUUGUUUAUCCGAGCUCUCCCAACACGGAUGAAUCAUUGUGCCCCCCCCCCCCCUUUUUUUUUUUAUUACCUGACGGGUAGAAAUUGUUUCGUCAGCACUUCUACUCUUGAUAAAUACCAGUUGCUUCCAUCUCCUCCGCAGUAUAUGUACUCGUGUAGUACAGGGAGGAGUUUGAGUUUCAGAAGAUGCAUAGUUCUUUGGGUUUUCUGACAUCAGAUGUAUGUAAAGAGGAUGGAUUUAUUCCUCCUGAAGUAGCCGUUUCUGUUGAGGACAGGAAAUCAUUUGUUUUCAGAGCCUUUUCUCUCCUUUUUUUUUUUUCUGGUCUGGCAGUUAAUGUAGCAUGAAUCUCUCAUCAAGGACUUGCUGUACUUUCGGUUUCUUCAUGUAUUUUUGCCCUUUCUGCCUUCUUGGAAUGUCAUCAACAUGCUGACUUUGUAAUAAAGGAAUUCUUUUGACUUUUGAACAUAUUUUUGUAGUGAUUUAUGAGUGUCUCAGUGCACAUUUAUAUUUUGUUUGAACACUAAAGACUUUGUAAUGAGGGGAAUUUGGCUUGUUGUGAGAGGAUUUCAGUAAUUAAUGGUAAGUCUCUAGUGUUGCUUCUGUAAUUAAAGAUACUUUUAACAGACAAUCUAUGAUAUUCUUUGUUUUAUGUUUUAUUUAUUUUGCUGAUUUCAAACAGUAUCUGUUCAAUGUGACAUUUUAAGUUAAAAAUCUUUAUUGCAGAUUGAAGACAGAGCAGAUAGAAAUCUAGAACAAAACCAUCUUAGGAAAUUUAUAACCUCAGAAACACAUAUACACAUUGAAAAAAAAAAAAAAAACAACCAA